AUGGUGACUCCUCCCACUGUCGAGCAUGAGGACGAGGAGAUGCUCGUGCCCGCCCAGGAGGUGGCCGCUGCCGACACCGACGCAGCGCAGCCCAUGGAAGUGGUGGCACAGACUGAGGUGGUGAGCACGGCGGAGAGCCAUCCUGUGGAAGAUCCGCAGACAUCGCGGUUCACAUGGACAAUUGAGAACUUCACCAGGUUCAAUGGGAAGAAGCACUAUUCAGAGGUUUUUGUCGUUGGCGGAUUCAAAUGGCGUGUGCUGAUUUUCCCCAAGGGGAACAAUGUGGACCACUUCUCAAUGUACUUAGAUGUUGCUGACUCAGCCAACCUCCCGUACGGUUGGAGCCGCUAUGCUCAGUUUAGUCUUGCUGUUGUAAACCAGAUCCAGCCGAAGUAUACGAUACGCAAAGAUACCCAACAUCAAUUUAAUGCUCGUGAGAGUGAUUGGGGUUUCACAUCUUUUAUGCCUUUGAGUGAGCUGUAUGAUGCAAGUAGAGGUUACCUCGCGAAUGAUACUGUUGUUGUGGAGGCUGAGGUUGCUGUCCGCAGAAUGGUUGACUAUUGGACAUAUGACUCAAAAAAGGAAACUGGUUAUGUGGGUCUGAAAAACCAAGGAGCUACCUGUUAUAUGAACUCCCUUCUACAAACACUAUACCAUAUACCGUACUUCAGGAAGGCUGUGUAUCAUAUGCCAACCACUGAAAAUGACAUGCCAUCAGGAAGUAUUCCCUUGGCGCUGCAGAGCCUUUUCUACAAGCUCCAGUACAGUGACAGUAGUGUAGCUACAAAAGAGCUGACCAAAUCUUUUGGAUGGGACACAUAUGAUUCUUUCAUGCAACAUGAUGUACAAGAGCUCAACAGAGUUCUCUCUGAGAAACUUGAGGACAAAAUGAAGGGCACUGUCGUAGAAGGAACGAUUGAGCAAUUAUUUGAAGGUCACCACAUCAAUUACAUUGAGUGUAUAAAUGUUGAGUAUAAAUCUAACCGCAAGGAGUCCUUUUAUGAUCUUCAACUUGACGUCAAAGGUUGUCGUGACAUUUAUUCAUCAUUUGAUAAAUAUGUUGAAGUUGAGCGUCUAGAGGGUGAUAACAAGUAUCAUGCAGAGAAUCAUGGUCUACAGGAUGCGAAGAAGGGAGUUCUUUUCCUUGAUUUUCCCCCUGUUUUGCAACUCCAGCUGAAGCGCUUUGAGUAUGAUUAUAUGAGAGAUACCAUGGUUAAGAUUAAUGAUCGCUACGAGUUCCCUCUGCAACUUGAUCUGGAUAGAGAUGGUGGCAAAUACCUUGCUCCAGAUGCAGAUCGAAGUACAAGAAACCUUUACACUCUUCACAGUGUUCUUGUUCAUAGCGGUGGGGUACAUGGCGGUCACUACUAUGCAUUCAUACGACCAACUCUAUCUGAGCAAUGGUAUAAAUUUGAUGAUGAGCGUGUAACAAAAGAAGAUGCUAAGAAAGCUCUUGAAGAGCAAUAUGGGGGUGAGGAAGAGUUGCCCCAAAUAAACCCUGGUUUCAACAAUGCUCCAUUUAAAUUCACGAAGUAUUCAAACGCGUAUAUGCUUGUUUAUAUUCGUGAAAGUGACAAGGAGAAAAUUAUGUGUACUGUUGAUGAAAAAGACAUUGCUGAGCAUUUAAGGGUAAGGUUGAAAAAAGAACAAGAAGAGAAAGAACACAAAAAGAAAGAAAAAGCUGAAGCUCAUCUUUAUACCAUAAUUAAGGUAGCUCGAGAUGAGGAUUUGAAGGAACAAAUUGGAAAGGAUAUAUAUUUUGAUUUGGUGGACCAUGAAAAAGUCCGUAAUUUCCGUAUACAGAAACAAAUGCCUUUUAGUUCUUUCAAGGAGGAAGUUGCCAAGGAAUAUGGCAUCCCUGUGCAGUUUCAGCGCUUCUGGUUGUGGGCCAAGAGGCAAAACCAUACAUACCGCCCUAAUCAUCCAUUGACCCUUCAUGAGGAAACACAAUCUGUGGGGCAACUGAGGGAGGUAUCAAAUAAGGCACACAAUGCUGAGUUGAAGCUGUUUUUGGAAGUAGCACUUGGGCUGGAUUUGCGGCCGCUCCCUCCUCCUGAGAAGGGCAAGGAAGAUAUUCUUCUUUUCUUCAAACUCUACAACCCAGAAAAGGAAGAACUUUGUUUUAUGGGGAGGCUCUUCGUGAAGGCAUUGGGCAAACCUUCAGAAAUCCUGGCAAAACUAAACGAAAUGGCUGGAUUUUCCCCUGAUCAAGAAAUUGAGCUUUAUGAGGAAAUUAAGUUUGAGCCAAACGUGAUGUGCGAAAUUAUCGACAAGAAACUCACUUUUCGUUCUAGUCAGCUUGAAGAUGGGGACAUUCUCUGUUUCCAAAAAUCACCAGGAGCAGACUAUGAUGCACGAGUGCGAUAUCCAGAUGUUCCUUCAUUUUUGGAGUAUGUCCAUAAUAGGCAGGUUGUGCAUUUCCGGUCUUUGGAGAAACCAAAGGAUGAUGCUUUUUCUUUGGAAUUGUCAAAGCUUCAUACCUAUGAUGAUGUUGUUGAGAGAGUUGCUCGCCAACUUGAAUUGGACGAUCCAGCGAAAAUUCGGCUUACAUCCCACAAUUGCUACUCUCAGCAACCUAAACCACAACCUGUCAAAUAUCGAGGAGUGGAGCAUCUGUUGGACAUGCUCAUCCAUUACAAUCAGACGUCUGACAUCUUGUAUUAUGAAGUGUUGGAUAUACCACUGCCAGAAUUGCAGUUCCUGAAAACCCUAAAAGUCGCAUUCCACCAUCCUAUGAAGGAUGAGGUUGUUAUUCAUAGUAUCAGGCUUCCAAAAAAUAGCACCAUUGCUGAUGUAAUAAAUGACCUGAAAACUAAGGUUGAACUGUCCAGUCCAAAUGCUGAACUACGUGUGCUAGAAGUUUUUUACCACAAGAUCUAUAAGAUCUUUCCACUACAAGAGAAGAUAGAGAAUAUAAACGAUCAAUAUUGGACACUACGUGCUGAGGAGAUUCCAGAAGAGGAGAAAAACAUAGGUCCAAAUGAUCGGCUAAUUCAUGUUUAUCACUUCACGAAAGAUAUUAAUCAGACUCAGCAAAUUCAGAACUUUGGAGACCCGUUCUUUCUGCUCAUUCAUGAAGGUGAGACUUUAGCAGAAGUCAAGAAGCGCAUACAGAGUAAACUUCAAGUCUCUGCCGAUGAAUUUUCCAAGUGGAAAUUUGCAUUUAUAUCGAUGAAUCGGCCAGACUACCUCCAGGAUUCAGAUGUUAUAUCUACUCGCUUUCAGAGGAGGGAGGUCUAUGGAGCUUGGGAGCAAUAUCUUGGGAUGGAGCACACUGAUACUGCACCAAAAAGGGCUUAUACAGUGAAUCAGGUUCUGUUAUUUAACCCUAAAUUUCUUCCGGUGAUUUCAACUACCUGCAGAACCGUCACUCGUACGAAAAGCCGGUCAAAAUUUACAAUUGAAAUUUCUAACUGGUCUGGCAUCAUGGUGAAGUACUCCAUAUGA